GUCUGGGAACCGGCCAAUCUCGAACCCCGGGCAACACCCCUUGUUCAGUGGGCAGUUCCACGUUCGCUUCCCCAACAUGGCGGCCGAGAAAGAUGGUGGUGCCUGUGGCGGAGUGCCUGCCGGGAACGGUCGGCGGCUGCACCUGGGGAUUCCGGAGGCCGUGUUUGUGGAGGAUGUAGAUAACUUCAUGAAGCAACCUGGAAAUGAGACUGCAGAUGUAGUACUAAAAAAACUCGAUGAACAAUACCAGAAGUAUAAGUUUAUGGAGCUCAAUCUUGCUCAAAAGAAAAGGAGGCUUAAAAAUCAGAUUCCUGAAAUUAAGCAGACUUUAGAAAUCCUAAAAUACAUGCAGAAGAAAAAAGAGUCCCCCAAUUCAAUGGAGACCAGAUUCUUACUUGCAGACAACCUGUACUGCAAAGCUUCAGUUCCUCCUACUGAUAAAGUGUGUCUCUGGUUGGGGGCUAAUGUAAUGCUUGAAUAUGAUAUUGAUGAAGCUCAGGCAUUAUUGGAAAAGAAUUUAUCAACUGCCACAAAGAAUCUCGAUUCUCUUGAGGAAGACCUUGACUUUCUUCGAGACCAGUUUACUACCACAGAAGUCAAUAUGGCCAGGGUUUAUAAUUGGGAUGUGAAACGAAGAAACAAAGAUGAUCAUACCAAGAAUAAAGCAUAAUGGUGGCAAUUAAAAUGUGGUUCAAUUUUCCAAACAUGUUACUUUAAAUACCCCAAAGUAUAUCCUUGAAGGUUGACAUAAGUCUGAAUGAUUUUUUAACAGCAAGAAUGAUAAUUAAAAUUAAAAAACAUUUUAUUUAUUUAUAAAAACAAAAUUAAUUUCACAUAUUUUUAAGAAUUAGCAGUAUUAUUAUUUUUCACAUUUUCAGCAAAAUAAGUGCUGCUGCUUUUCAUUUUUUUUGUUUGUCAUAAAAAUGUCUUAGCCGAAAUGGCCGAAAACUGUGAGGUAUAGGCUAUGGAAAUUGAAUUUAGACACUUAGCACAGUGUGCUUUUGUAUUGGCUGAUGUUUUUGAUGUGAUUAAAUCAGUUUAGAGGUAGGGAAAUCAGUUUGGAUCCUUGAAAACUUUUUUCUUGAUUACAUGAUUUGGGACUUUGUAGUCUUCUUUUAUCAUUAUGUUUUAUGUAAAUAGUUUCAUGAAAAACUGUUUAGCCAAUAACUAUUUAUUACACUAUUCUGUACUUUUUCAGGAAAUGGUAAUUUGCUUUCUGAAAGCAGUAAGGGGACUUUGAGACUUUUUUUCUUACUCCAUAUAAAUGCAUGGUGUCUUUGCAAUGCCAACAUAAGGAAGAUCUCAGCCAACAUGAAAUAUCAAGAUUACUCAUAGCUAAAGUAGUUUUAUAUUUCUUCACAGUUCUCCAAAGCAGCUAAACAGGAACAGUAAGAUAAAUAUAUGAAUUGUGAGCUUUUCUUAUGAUAAAAUCCUCUUAGGAAUAGUAAAAAAAAUCCCUGUGGAAUAUAUUUGGUAUAAUGGCUAAUAUUGGGUGAUACACAUUCUGGUAGAAAUAUCAAUGUAUUAUUUCAUGUUUGUGUAGUAAAAAGUAUACUUGUACAAUGUUUUGUACUUGUAUUUCAUGAUAUUAAAACCGUGAAAUUAAAA